AUGCAUAGAACCGAGUCUUAUGAUGAUAUGGGCGACGUCGGCGAUGAUGAACGAUGGGAGAAGUUCAGCUCCUUCCAUGCUUACCUUGAAGAGGCUUUCCCACUGCUCCAUGCGACCCUAAGGCUCGAGAAGGUGAACACUUAUGGACUAGUGUAUCACUGGAAAGGCUCGGACGAAUCACUCGAACCUAUCCUUCUAGCCGCUCAUCAAGAUGUUGUUCCCGUGAAUGAAGAUACUCUUGAUGAGUGGGAAUACCCUCCGUAUUCCGGACAUUUCGAUCGGGAAACCCAGAGUAUUUACGGAAGGGGAUCCAUUGACGACAAGAGCGGAUUGAUCGGCCUGAUGGUCACUAUCGAGACACUCCUGGAGCAUUCCUUUGAGCCCGCACGCACGAUCGUCCUUGCGUCCGGGUUCGACGAGGAAAGCAAUGGCCUUCACGGUGCGAGGCACAUCUCAAGUCACCUCCUGCAUGAAUAUGGUGAAGGUAGUUUUGCCAUGCUGGUGGACGAAGGAGGUGGAUACGUAGAGCUCUUUGGCUCGGUCUUCGCUGUACCCGGAGUAGCAGAGAAAGGAUAUCUCGAUACCGUUGUCAAGGUGGCUUCACCCGGUGGGCAUUCUAGCGCUCCGCCUUCUCACACCACCAUCGGCAUACUCUCUGCCUCCAUAGUAGCUCUUGAAGACGAUCAGUUUCCCGCCCACCUGACACGCAGCUCACCUGUCUACGAUACCAUGCUCUGCACUGCCGCGCACGCCGAAGAGGUACCCGAGGACCUCCGCAAACUCAUUGAGAGUUCGGUGUACUCCGACGGAGCGCUGGAUCAGUUACAGGAUCUCAUCAUCCAGGACGAGGACACGACCCUGAAGAACUCGAUUAGGACGACAUUGGCCGCUACCGUUACAGGAGGCGGCUUCAAGGCGAAUGCUUUACCGGAGGAUGCUUGGGCAAUUGUGAACUAUAGGAUCGCGUCGUAUAGCUCUGUUCAAGAAACCAAAGACCAUAAAAUCGCCGCUCUCAUCGACAUCGCUAAAGGUUUCAACCUCUCCUUCACCGCCUUCGGCAAGCAGAUUUCCGAAGAGGGCGAACCAGCCUGGGGCGUCCUUGACCUCUCUGAUCCCUUCGACAGUGCCAGCGAGCCUUCGCCAGUCGCCCCUAUUGACAGCGAAGCGUACAGAAUCUUGAGCGGAUCAAUCAAGGCUACGUAUGGCGCCCAUCGUCAUAUUUACGGGUCUGUGGGUGUGCAAGAGAACAAGCUAGAGGAUGAGAUCAUUGUGAGCCCUGGGCUAAUGAGUGGAACUACCGAUACAAAGCACUACUGGAACUUGACGGAAAACAUUUUCCGGUAUGGGCAUUUGAACGGGGGGCAUUCCCCCGGGAUUCACACGGUGAAUGAGCAUAUUCGUGCAACCGACUUCGCCGAGGUUAUACGGUUCUACACGACAUUGAUUCUUAACGUUGAUGAAGCUACGGGCCUUUGA